GAAUCGGAAGCGGCUGCAGCGACGUCCCAAGGAGGAGCAUCCCCCUGGUGUUUAUUACAGCAGAGGACGCAGCAGCAGCCAGGGAGUCGAGGCUGAGACAGACGAGAGCCAACAUGUUCGAGACAAGAGGAAUCCCCUUUAUUCUGCUCGAUGUCGCCUGUUUGAUUUUAGGAGGUUUGCCUUUGGCAGCCUUUAACCUGGGUAAGAUCCGCCCUUACCAGAGGGGCUUUUUCUGUAACGACGAGAGCAUCAAGUACCCUUUCCACCACAGCACAAUCACCUCCACAGUGCUCUACACUGUGGGCUUCACCCUGCCCAUUAGCUGCAUGAUCUUUGGCGAGUGCCUUUCAGUUUAUCUAAAGCGCCUCAAAUCCAAGUCAUCUUACGGCAGCUAUGUUGCCUGUGUUUACAAAGCUGUCGGUACUUUCCUCUUCGGUGCUGCGAUGAGCCAGUCUCUGACAGACAUAGCCAAAUACUCUAUUGGCCGGUUCAGGCCGCACUUCCUGGAUGUGUGCAAACCUGACUGGAAACUUAUCAACUGUUCAUCAGGGGGUUAUAUCGAGGAGUUCGUCUGCACUGGAGAUUUGAGGAUGUCCAAUGAGGGCAGGUUAUCUUUCUACUCUGGCCACUCCUCUUUUUCCAUGUACUGCAUGAUGUUCCUGGCUCUCUACCUGCAGGCCCGUCUCCAGGCUGAAUGGGCGAGGCUGCUGAGACCCACAAUCCAGUUCUUCCUGAUUGCUGCCUCAGUGUACACAGGACUGUCGAGGGUGUCCGAUUAUAAACACCACUGGAGUGACGUGCUGACUGGACUCCUGCAGGGAGCCCUUAUGGCUAUCCUGGUGGUCUUUUUUGUGUCUAACUUUUUCAAGCCAUCCAAGGAUCCCCAUAAAGAAGAGGACAUCCCCCACACAACCCUGCAGGAGACCCCUACGAAUGGAAACUUUGAAAGUCCCAACUAAGCUAAGCGAGGAUACCUCUGCUCUUGUCCAAACGCACACCCAGGAUCCCAGCUCCCUAGCCUUUCAUCUCACGCAGAUUCUCAUCAAAUACCCUUGCAUGGAUUUUACUGCGUGGGUUUUUACUUCAAUUAAGUUAGCGGAUGAUUGUGCAUUCAAGACACUUUGGAAGCUACACCUCAGGCCUGUUUUAGAUUUUAAAAGACUUUAUCAUUUUAGGCAGUUUGCUGUCUUGUCUGCCAACCCUACGUGUGGAAGGAAAGUGCAGAGACAACCUUGUAUAUAUGCUUACAGUGAGAUGUAAGUAAGGGGCUAGAGAGAUUCUCUAAGGACGGGAACCAUAUAGCAUGUAUCUAUCUACUGAGCCGGUGGGAAGACUUAACUGCAUGCACCCACUAAAGGGUCUGACCACUGCUGGGAGAGAGAGAAAGAGAAGGGAGGGUUGGAAACCUGUGAAUGUAACCCUGCUUUGUACUUUUCCUGCCCUGGAGUAAGUCUGCUCAAAGAUCUGAUUUAGGAUCAGUUUUAAAUUCACUCCAAUACCCUGAGAGACAGCAGAGUCUUAUAUCGCUGCUGACGAGGUUAAUUAAAGGGCUAAUUAUAAGAGGUAUCAGAAUGUAUUGGGAGACUAAAGCUAAUCCUAAACCAGAGGGGGCUAACACUGCUUCACAUGUGGAGCUGCUGACUCCAGGCCACUGCCGUCUGAUUCUCCAAUCAUCUAACUGAAUAUAGUCAAAGGAGAACGCCUGACUUUUGUCAUAUCUGGUUAGAAAGUUGAAGAGUAGGCCGUCAGUUUGAUUCCCAUGUUGCCUUUGCUGGACUGCUACUGCUGCUAUCACAGCUCCCUGUGUAUCUAAGAACUAAUACCAUCAAGUGAACAGACAACAAUGUACCUUUUGUAUCAUCUGUAUGCGUAAUCUGUAUGUAAAACAUAUCACAUACAGAUUUUUAUUGAAAAAAGUUAAAUAUGUACAAAUGUCUAAAAUCAGAAAAAAAAGGAAAAAUAAAGCCAUUUUACUUAUCAACAUGAACACAAAUGGACACAAAUGGAAAAGAAGUGUCGGAUGUAUUAUGUCAUGAGCCGUCAUGUAAAAUUAAAGCUUGUGUUGUUUACCUUUUCUCAUGAUGCACCACUUUUGCUUUAUGUGAGCAAAAAAAAUAAAAAAUAAAAAGCAUGUAUGUUCAAUA